GUGCCGGAAGCGGCGCUGCCCUGGAGACGGGAGCUGGGUGCAGCGAGCCGGAGCCGCCGCCGCCGCCGCGGAGACCAUGGCCGAGACCGACCCCAAGACGGUGCAGGACCUCACCGCCGUGGUGCAGACAUUGCUUCAGCAAAUGCAGGACAAAUUUCAAACCAUGUCUGACCAAAUCAUUGGAAGAAUUGAUGACAUGAGCUGUCGCAUAGAUGACCUGGAGAAAAACAUAGCAGACCUCAUGACACAAGCAGGAGUGGAAGAAUUAGAAGGCGAGAACAAGACCCCUGCUACUAACAAGAGUUAAAGUUGCCAAUAACUUAAGAAGAAUGCUGCAACACUCUUUUUUUUUUUUUUUUUUUUUUUUAAUGGAAAAAACCAAGCCGUUGGAAUUACAGAACAGCUUUUUGCAACUACGGUGUGUAAAGCAUUUUUAUAUUGUAAUAGAGCUUGCAUUCCUGAUGUAUAUCUAGGGAUAGGUUAGUUUAUAUUUUGAUUCAUGUACUGUAAUUUCACUUUUUGAAUUCUUGUUAUGAGGAUCAGUUAGUCGUGUUAUUAAAACACAGAUCUUAUGGAUCUGAACUACUGAGUGAAUUUUUUGUGAAGUCACUUUUUCCUCUGUUUCUUAUACUUUUUCUAGAAGUUUCAUUUUUGAUAGCUAAAAACCUAGUGACUUCCAUCAAACGGAAAUCUUAACUUGUCCUAUGUAACUUUGUGGAGUGAAGCACAAGACUGAAACUUAGGAUUUCUCUCAGCUUUAAGCAUCAGUCACUGGACUAGUACAGGAUUAUAUGAUUUUUUUCUAGUAACUGUAAUAAAAUGAUUUUGGAAAAGUAAGGUGCUGAACAUCAAAAUCAUAUCUCAUAUUCCUGGUAUUACCCUGCCUGUGUGUUGUUACAACAGAACAGAAAUACUGAUUUAACAUUAGACAUGUAUACACAGUUGAGCAAACACUGCCAUUUAAAUCUAUUAUAUUUAGAACAAGGAACUACUAUGACAAAUCUCAUUAUGGGACUUAAUUUUUUUUAAUACUGUAAAACUUAAAAUUUAGUUGCUUUUAGCAGCAUUGCUUUUGAACAGUAAUUGCUAUUAAAAUAGUGAUACUUGAUCGAACAGGGAUGGGAUUGAGGAAGUGUCUGCACCUGGUCUUUCAGGAUAAAUCAUCAGCUGUUUGUACAAAACAAAGUUUGCUACCUAAGCAGUGAGGUUUUGAGUAACAAAAAUGGAGAGAAUCCAUUUCGGAGAACUGUAAAACUUUGCUAGUCUGUGACUAACACCUAGCUGGAACUCAGUUUAGAAUGAUGUUUGCUUUUAUAAUUGCACCCAUACGUAUAGGCCUGUAGUUUAAAGGAUUGCAUUAGAGUAUUUUGGAAAUGAAAGUGUUUUUAGAAGAGUCUUUACUAUGUCACUGUUGUGAAGAAAAAUGACCUGUGUCUGAAUAAUGCUGACAAUCACUGCAGUGCUGUUCCAGUCCGAAAUGUAAAUUUAAGAAAGCAGUAGUGGCAGCUAGCAGUUAUGCAUAGACCACAUUUAAGACUACUAUUUGAAUGCCACUGCGUUAGCACUGCUAUAUUACAAAGGCUAUAGACAGGUCAUUUUUCAAAGCUGAGGGGAAAUUGUAAUAAAAGCUCAUAAUAAUAGGGCAAUGCUGUGAACACAGGAAACGUAUCAAUAUACCUUGUAAUAUCAGCCUUAGGCUCCUUGUAAUGUCAUUAAAAAAAUCUAAUAAACUCUUAUGUGGUGACAUAAA